CCGCUGUCAAACACUGGCAUUUACAUUAGCACGGUACUAACGUAAACACGGAAGUGGAAGUAUCUCAUUCAACGACACGCGUUCACGCGGUUAAUGUGCACACUUCGCUACAAACGGACGCGUAUAAAACACAAAAGGUCGUUUAAAAACACUUGCGUUGCUUUCAUAUACCCGGUUAACGUAAAAGACGUGUUGUUUCUUCAUGCCGUAAAGCGGUGUGCCGUAUUGCGGCGUGGUGUUGUUGUCAGUCGCCGCACCUGCUCCAGGAUGCGCUUCUUUAAGUGGGCCGUUUUGGCCUUUUUGCUGCCGUUUGUUGCCAAGUACGAAACCUUCGCCCUCCAGGAUGUGACGGCCGACCUUUUCGGUGCCAAAAACAACGGCACGCUGGCGGCGUUUGGGGACUUCAACGCCGACAAACAGACGGACAUCUUCAUCAUCAGGGAACAGUCUGAGCUGGUGAUCUUCCUGGCGGACUCCAAAGCACCGUACUUCAAGCCCAGGGUUAACAUCUCCAAAGGCGUUCUGCCAAGUGACACCGUCCUCACCAGCGUGGUCCCCGGCGACUAUGACGGGGAUUCCCAGAUGGACGUUCUCCUCACCUCGCAGAUGGGCCUGACGGACUCUUCGGUUUUCAUCUUUUGGGGCGACAACCAGACAUUAGACACGGCUGGUUGGCUCAGGCUGAACAAGACCUUCAAAGACCAGCCUCUCGUCAUGGACUUCAAUGGCGACAUGAUCCCAGACAUAUUCGGAGUCACAGACCAGGCCACCACAGAAUAUUGCUCCCUCGUCAACAGGAACGUGUUGUGUCAGAGAGCUCUGAGCUCAGACGUCAACAUGCGUGUCCCUCACGCCAACGCCUUCAUCGACCUCAACAAGGACUUGACCGCCGAUUUAUUCCUGACAACCGAGGGGCCCAAGUUUGAGACCUGGAUCAGCAAGAAUGGCAACUUCACCCGAGCAGAAGUUCUCCCUGCAGACCCUCCCGUCCCCAACGUGGGCCAGUCCUCCUUUGCGGAUUUCGAUGGUGACGGCUACCAGGACCACCUCGUCCCCGCCUGCUUGGACGAGGCCUGCCAACGCAGCGCCAUCUACCUGGCCAAGUCUGGCUCCAAAGAGUGGGUCUCCGUGCUGUCAGACUUCCAGCAGAGGGGAACGCUGUGGAGCUUCGUGCCAGGCAAGCCCGGCCAGCCUCUGGUCCUCCACCUGGGGGACUACAACCUGGACGGCUUCCCGGACGCUCUGGCGGUCCUGAGGAACACCAGCGGCAGUGGCCAGCAGGCGUUCCUCCUAGAGAAUGUUCCGUGCACGUCUGCCAGCUGCCAGAGUGUGGGCAGGAUGUUCCACAUCCACUGGGACCAGUCAGACCUGGGCAACAUCCCCAACGCCAUCAUGGCCACCUUCUUUGACAUCUACGAGGACGGUAUAUUGGACAUGCUGGUGGUGAGUCAAGCAGAGGCCAGGAGAGACUUGACGAUCCACGCUUUGAAGAACAACUAUGAAGCUGACGCCUACUUUGUGAAAGUGAUGGUGCUCAGCGGCCUUUGUUCCAACGCCUGCCCAGGUAACAUCAAGCCGCUGGGAGUGAACCAGCCAGGUCCGUACGUCAUGUACACCACAGUGGACUCCAACGGCAAGCUGAAGAACGCCUCAGCCGGUCAGCUGAGCCAGUCGGCCCACUUCUCCCUCCAGCUGCCCUACACCGUGCUGGGCCUCGGACGCAGCGCCAACUUCCUGGACCACCUGGUGGUGGGCAUCCCUCACAGGCCCGGGGAGAUGGAGUUGAGGAAGAAGGAAUGGACGGCCAUCAUCCCCAACUCUCAGCUCAUUGUCAUCCCUUACCCACACAAUCAACCCAGCAGUUGGACCGCCAAACUGUACCUGACGCCCAGUAACAGCGUGCUGCUGACCGCCAUCGCCCUCAUCGGGGUGUGCGUCUUCAUCCUCGUCAUCAUCGGCAUCCUCCACUGGCAAGAGAAGAAAGCAGACGACCGCGAGAAGAGACAGGAAGCACACCGCUUCCAUUUUGACGCCAUGUGACCCAGCAGUGUUGCAUCAUGGGAGAUUGUCCCCCUUAACUUAGCUCUUUUCCUGCUGUGCCCCUUUCUAUGUGCCCCCUUUUUAUUUGACCCUGCAUUUUGCCCUUUUCUUUGUCUGUUUAUUACUCCUUUUUUAACCCUUAAUGUGGCCCCUUUUCUUCUCCUCUUAAUGUGCCCCCUUUUCUUUUACCCUUAAUGUGCCCCCUUUUCUUCUCCUCUUAAUGCGCCCCCUUUUCUUUUACCCUUAAUGUGCCCCCUUUUCCUUUACCCUUAAUGUGCCCCCUUUUUCAUUUACCCUUAAUGUGCCCCCUUUUCUUCUCCUCUUAAUGUGCCCCCUUUUCUUCUCCUCUUAAUGUGCCCCUUUUCAUUUACCCUUAAUGUGCCCCUUUUCUUCUCCUCUUAAUGUGCCCCCUUUUCCUUUACCCUUAAUGUGCCCCCUUUUCUUCUCCUCUUAAUGUGCCCCUUUUCAUUUACCCUUAAUGUGCCCCUUUUCUUCUCCUCUUAAUGUGCCCCCUUUUCCUUUACCCUUAAUGUGCCCCCUUUUUCAUUUACCCUUAAUGUGCCCCCUUUUCUUUUACCCUUAAUGUGCCCCCUUUUCUUCUCCUCUUAAUGUGCCCCCUUUUCUUUUACCCUUAAUGCGCCCCCUUUUCCUUUACCCUUAAUGUGCCCCCUUUUUCAUUUACCCUUAAUGUGACCCCUUUUCUUUAACCCUUAAUGUUCCCCCUUUUCUUUUACCCUUAAUGUGCCCUCUUUUCUUCUCCUCUUAAUGUGCCCCCUUUUCUUUUACCCUUAACGUGCCCCCUUUUCUUCUCCUCUUAACGUGCCCCCUUUUCUUUUACCCUUAAUGUGCCCCCUUUUUAUUUUACCCUUAAUGUGUCCCCUUUUUCCUUUACCCUUAAUGUGACCCUUUUUCUUCUCCUCUUAAUGUGCCCCCUUUUUAUUUUACCUUUAAUGUGCCCCCUUUUCAUUUACCCUUAAUGUGCCCCCUUUUCUUCUCCUCUUAAUGUGCCCCCUUUUCCUUUACCCUUAAUGUGCCCCCUUUUUCAUUUACCCUUAAUGUGCCCCCUUUUCCUUUACCCUUAAUGUGCCCCCUUUUUCAUUUACCCUUAAUGUUCCCCCUUUUCUUCUCCUCUUAAUGUGCCCCCUUUUCUUUUACCCUUAAUGCGCCCCCUUUUCUUUUACCCUUAAUGUGCCCCCUUUUUCAUUUACCCUUAAUGUGCCCCCUUUUCUUUAACCCUUAAUGUGCCCCCUUUUCAUUUACCCUUAAUGUGCCCCCUUUUCUUUAACCCUUAAUGUGCCCCCUUUUCUUUUACCCUUAAUGUGCCCUCUUUUCUUCUCCUCUUAAUGUGCACCCUUUUCUUUUACCCUUAACGUGCCCCCUUUUCUUCUCCUCUUAAUGUGCACCCUUUUCUUUUACCCUUAAUAUGUCCCCUUUUUCCUUUACCCUUAAUGUGACCCUUUUUCUUCUCCUCUUAAUGUUCCCCCUUUUUAUUUUACCUUUAAUGUGCCCCCUUUUCAUUUACCCUUAAUGUGCCCCCUUUUCUUCUCCUCUUAAUGUGCCCCCUUUUCCUUUACCCUUAAUGUGCCCCCUUUUUCAUUUACCCUUAAUGUGCCCCCUUUUCUUUUACCCUUAAUGUGCCCCCUUUUCUUCUCCUCUUUAUGUGCCCCCUUUUCUUUUACCCUUAAUGCGCCCCCUUUUCCUUUACCCUUAAUGUGUCCCCUUUUCUUUUACCCUUAAUGUACCCCCUUUUCUUUAACCCUUAAUGUGCCCCCUUUUCUUUUACCCUUAAUGUGCCCCAUUUUCUUCUUCUCUUAAUGUUCCCCCUUUUCUUCUCCUCUUAAUGUUCCCCCUUUUCUUCUCCUCUUAAUGUGCCCCCUUUUCUUUUACCCUUAAUGUGUCCCCUUUUCCCUUUACCCUUAAUGUGACCCUUUUUCUUCUCCUCUUAAUGUGCCCCCUUUUUAUUUUACCUUUAAUGUUCCCCCUUUUUCAUUUACCCUUAAUAUGCCCCCUUUUCUUCUCCUCUUAAUGUGCCCCCCUUUAAUGUGCCUCCUUUUGUUUGUCCCUUAAUUUCCCCCCUUUUCUUAGCCCCUUAAUGUGCCCCCCUUUCCCCCAAGUUCCCCCCUAAUUAACCCUCUUUUUCCCCUUUUAUUUCCCUUUAAUGUACCCCCUUUUUCCCCCCUUAAUUUACCCCCUUACACGCCUAAUUUUCCCCUUAUCUCUGCCCCUUAAUGUGCCCCCCAUUUUUUGCCUCCUAAUUACCCCCCUUUUAUUUUACCUUUGAAUUCACCCCUUUUUAACCCCCUUUUGUUUCCCCUUAAUGUACCCCCUUUUCCCCCCAAUUUUUCCCCCUUUUAUUUUGCCCUUGAUGUGACCCCUUUUUUUGUUCAUUAAUUUCCCCCCUUUUCUUUUCCCCUUAAUAUUCCCCCUUUGUUCCCCCCUAAUUUCCCCCUUACUGCGCCCCCCUGACUUGCCUGGUCCCUCCAACAUUCUUAGUCCUUAGUUCUUAGUCCUUAGUUCUUAGUCCGUCUCAUGUUUAGGUUUGGCAUGAAAGUUGGACUCUCGCCACAUCCAAGAUGGCCGACUGCGUGCCUCGCUGGCGUCCAAUCACGUGAUGGAAUGUUCAUCUUUAACAUUUUCUCUCAUCAAACGCCGUUUAAAAAAAGUGUAUUAGUGUCGCCAAGACUUGUGCUCGCAACUUCCUGCUCCUUGCUCACAACUUCCUGCUCCUUGCUCACAACUUCCUGCUCCUUGCUCACAACUUCCUGCUCCUUGGAAGCUGCGAGCGUUCUUGCUUUGUCCCAAAGUUGUUUGGCGACUAAAAUGUCAUAAUAAUAAUUUAUUUCUGUGCUGACCAACUUGUGAAGAAUAAAAAUGGCGACUGU